AUGAGUGAACAACAACAACCAAAAUAUUAUAGAGAUAAAAUACAAAGUAUGAGUUCAGAGGUCGUAGACUCUAAUCCAUACAGUCGAUUAAUGGCAUUAAAGAAAAUGGGUAUUGUCAACAACUAUGAGGAUAUUAGAACUAAAAGUGUUAUUAUAGUUGGAUUGGGAGGUAUUGGUAGUGUUGCAGCUGAGAUGUUGACAAGAUGUGGAGUUGGUAAACUAUUGUUGUUUGACUAUGAUACCGUUGAAAUAGCCAAUAUGAAUCGUCUCUUUUUUAGACCCGAGCAAGCUGGCUUGAAAAAGACAGUGGCUGCCAUGGAGACACUUAAAGCGAUUAACCCAGACGUUGAGUUUGAGACACACAAUGGCAACAUUACAACAGUCGACUGCUUUGAUCUGUUUUUAGAUCGUAUCAAGAACGGUGGUGUCGGUGGUAUUGGUGGACCCGUCUCACUUGUGUUGGGCUGCGUAGACAACUUUGAGGCACGUGUAGCGAUCAAUCAGGCGUGUCUAGAGCUCGGCCAUGCGUGGAUGGAGAGUGGUGUGUCGGAGAGUGCCGUCUCGGGACACAUACAAUAUAUCGUGCCUGGCCAGACUGCCUGCUUCCAAUGCGUUCCACCAUUGAUUGUUGCAAGUGGUAUAGACGAGCGAACGUUAAAGAGAGAGGGUGUAUGUGCAGCAUCGCUUCCUACCACCAUGGGUAUUGUAGCAGGUAUCCUCGUACAAAAUGCACUCAAACAACUACUGUCGUUUGGUGAAGUGUCCAACCUACUCGGAUACAAUGCUCUAAGCGACUACUUUCCAAAGGAAACAAUCAAACCCAAUCCAGAAUGUACCAACUCGUAUUGUAUCAAACAUCAAUUGGCAUAUAAACAAUAUUUAAUCGAUCAUCCUCCAACACCUCCCUCCCUAGAUCAACAAGACGUUACUCCUCCUCCAUCUACAGAUAAUGAAUGGGGAAUUGAAUUGAUUCCAGAUGACUUGGAUACCACUCAACAACCACAACAACAAAGUAUUGGAAAAGGAAUAGAGUUUGCAUAUGAUACAACACCAACAAUCAAUUUAAAAGAAGAUGAUAAAGUUCAAGUUUCAGAAUCAACCAAUUUACAAGAUUUAAUGUCAAAGUUGAAAUCAAUGAAUAAAAAGUAA